AUGAAUAAAGAUAUAUUUAAUAAAGUAGUUAUAAAUAAUAAAGUAUUAAAUCAAAUAAUAUUUGAAAAUGUAGUUCAUAUCAAUAAAUUAGAUUAUAGAGAUAGCUUUAGAUGGGAAGAUCUAUUGGAGACACCCUAUGUUAUGGCUGGUAAUGGAUACUUUGAAGAGUUGAAACAAUUCUAUGCGCGAAAAACAAACUACGAUGAAGAUAUCUAUCAAUCGGAAUUCUUUAUGACCUAUUCGAAUGCUGUUCAAUUCGGUGCUAUCGAACCGAUCAUCUUUUUUAUGGAGCAUGAAAAACUGAGACCGAUCAUCUGUGACGAAUCAAACUUUUAUAUACUAAACGUAGCUGCAAUGCACGGACGAACAGCUAUCAUUCACUAUCUAAUUGGUGCAAGCGAUCAUUGGAGAGCGAUUCACUACUACGAGGCGCUGGCGUGGGCACCGCUCUCCAACGAUUUCGAACUGCUCAAAUACCUCACGGAAUUGGUAUUUCAACCCGCACCCAAAGAGCAGGUUAUCAACCUAAACAUUAGAGCCUACGAAAACUCUGCACAAGUCGGUCGAAUCGAUAUGUUUGAUUAUCUGACGAAUACGAGAUUCGAUGGUCGGAAGUUUGCUCGUGUCUAUGCACGUGCCAUUGAAUACGGACAAUACAAGUUUGUCAAAGGUCUAUUGAAACGAAAUGUUGGAAUACAACAUGAACGAGAAAAUCUAUUCGAUUGUGCGGCAUCUCAUAAUCGUUUCGACAUAUUAACACUGUUGCACAGUCGUGGAUAUUUUGGUGAAGAAAAUAGUAAAGCAUUCGAUCAUGCCGCGAGCAAUGGGAACAUCUCAAUGCUGGAUUGGCUAAAUAGUAAUUGUUCAACUUUGAAAUGCUCGAACGAUGCAGUUAAUUCAGCAGCAAGUGCUGGAAGAUUGGAGGUUUUACAAUGGAUUCAUAAGAAUAGAACGGAAUCCAUUACUAGUUCAGAGGCUAUGGAUCUAGCUGCACACUCUGGUCACCUACACAUCGUUCAGUAUCUACAUAACAACCUAACAACCGGUUGUUCAUCAAAGGCAAUCGAUGAUGCCGCAACCUUUGGUUAUUUGGAAUUAGUUAAGUUCUUGCAUCUAAAUCGAACGGAACGUGGUAAGAUGCCAUUGGAAUUAGCAUUGGAAAACGGUCAUAUAGAGACGGUUUUAUGGAUGAACGCAAACGGAAUCAAUUACGAUAGUUCCAAAGGUCGAACCGAUAAGAUCAUGAAAUCAGCAGUUAAAAACAAUUUCCCAUUGAUCGUUGAAUGGAUGAUUAACAAUAUAUUUACAGAGAUAACGCUUGAUAACCUCAAAGAGUAUCAAGAGGCAUUGAACAUCACACUAGAUCAUAAGGAAUUUGAUCAGCUAAGAGAUAUUAUUAACAACGCAAUCGAAUUGAAAACUAAAUUGAUAUUUAGAUAUGUGAGUGAUAUACAUCAGAAAUGUUUAGUAUCGUUAGUAAAGGUUUACAGGUGGAAUGAACUUUUAAAGCAACCUUGUUUGUUAGUGUACUAUGGUUAUUUCGAGCAACUAAAGAAUUUCUACGACAAUGAAUUGAGUAUUCCUCAGAAUUUAGAGUUGUUGCAAUCUUCGAAAGCAAUAUUCUUUGACCAAGCCAAUGUCUUUAGAGCUGCUGCUGUCGUUGGUAGGUUCGAUAUCUUUAAGUACCUCUGGGAUAGAUUCGAUACCUCAAAUAAACUAGAGUUGUUUUAUCAAUCGCAAAUCAACGACAACUACAGUGAUCCGGUUACACCGAUUCUCAUGGCAGCCAUCACCAACGGCCGAAUCGAAAUUGUACGGUAUCUCUUUGAAUUGAACAUUAUACCGGCGCGACUUGGAGAUACUCAAGAAGCAUUCAUCAAAUCACCGAUGUCCAAUAGCUUGUCGAUGGUACAACUGCUGUCGGAGAGACUGGCACUGGCACAAGUAGAGAGUACUGCAACAACUACCUCUGUUAACAUUUCCAGGAUCUAUGAGAAAGCUGCAACCGUUGGUAAUAUCGGAAUCAUCGAAUGGCUAUUCACUAAUAGACCGAAAGAUACUGGUAGAGAUAAUAUGUAUAGAGGUGCAAUCGUUGGUGGUCAUAUCGAUGUUGUUCGAUAUCUAAUUGAAGACCAUUCAAUAGCUCGACCGGAUUUCGCAGCUUACCAUGCAUUCCAGAGUAACAACUUGGAGAUCUUGAAACUUCUCGACCAUCACAAGUUUAAUAUCUAUGGUAUUACACCGAAUAAAGCGGUCAUCAACAAUAACAUUGAAAUGCUGCAAUGGAUUCAUCAGAGAAUACCAAAUCUAAGCUAUUCAAACGAUCUAAUAGAGCUGGCAACUAGUAAAUCAAACUUGGAAAUCGUCCGAUGGUUGACAGAGAAUACAUCGGCAAAGUGUACGACUAAAGCUAUGGAUCAGGCUGCCAAGUUGAAUUGCCUUGAUUUGGUAAAGUAUCUACACUUCAAUAGGAGUGAAGGAUGUUCCAGUGACGCAAUGGAUGGCGCAGCUGAACUUGGCCACUUCGAAGUUGUCCGGUGGUUGAAUGAGAAUAGGAGUGAAGGAUGCUCAACGAAUGCAAUGGACUACGCAUCGAGAAACGAUCAUCUACACGUGUUAAAGUAUCUACAUGAGAAUAGAACGGAAGGAUGUUCGAAUCUGGCAAUGGAUCUUGCAACUGAUCUCGAGGUCAUCAAAUUCCUUGUCGCCAAUAGAACAGAGAGAUUCGACACCACCGUUACCAUUAAAAUGGCAGUAGUAAAUGAGAAUCUCCAGAUAAUUAGAUGGCUAUUCGAUAACAACUAUGUAACCGGUAUUCCAGAGACAACAUUAAAGAGAGUUAUCUAUUGCAGAAAUGCAGAGCUUCUAGAGUGGUUCAUCUUGAACGUAUCGGAUUUCAAAAGAUUAAUUAGACAGUAUUCCGAUGAACUGACCAUAUUAAAGACAUUACUACGAUUUGAUAAACACCAACUAAUCGAUAACAUAGAAUUUCAAAACUCUAGUAAAUCAAUAGAAUUAUUAAAUCAACUUUUAUCAAGAUUAAAUAUAAAUGCGAAAUAA